AUGCAGAGGCUGCAGCUUUUGAAGGAAACUUUCUGUGGCCUGGAUGUUGUGCAGCAGCGCCUGAUUCUGGGAUCUGCUGUGGCAGCCGGUGGAAUACUGGCUUAUGCCGUGCACAGAAGGAACAAGGUGAAAACCAUCCCUCUAGGUGACGGCUGGUGGGGAUCAGGAGAGAAGCCAUCUUAUGAGGAUGAUCAGAUCUAUCCUUUCACUGUACAAACCUCAGACAAAGAGAUUGAGGAUCUUCAUGAGCGCAUCGACAGAACCCGCUACAGCGACCCCUUAGAAGAUAGUGGUUUCCAGUAUGGCUUCAACUCUACUUACCUCAAGAAAGUGGUGUCCUACUGGAGGAAUGAGUUUGACUGGAAAAAGCAGGUGGCAGUGCUUAACAAAUAUCCACACUUCAAAACCAAAAUUGAAGGACUCGACGUGCACUUCAUCCACGUCCGACCGUCUCACAGUGGGAAUCAGAGGGUUCUGCCUCUUAUGCUUGUUCAUGGCUGGCCAGGCUCCUUUUAUGAAUUCUUCAGGAUCCUGCCACUUCUGACACAAAACAACGAUAGCAUUGUGUUUGAGGUCAUAAUCCCAUCUAUCCCUGGCUAUGGCUACUCAGAAGCCUCUCAUAAAAAAGGAUUUGACAGUUUGGCCGCUGCCCGGAUUUUUCUGAAACUGAUGGAGCGCUUGGGGUUCUCCCAGUUCUAUGUGCAAGGAGGUGACUGGGGCUCUCUUGUCACGACUAACAUGGCACAAAUGAAGCCUGACUGUGUGAAAGGCCUCCACGUGAACAUGUGUAUGUCACCAAGAGGUUUCAAGGUGUUGUUGUCUUUGAUCAUUGGCCCUUAUCUGCCCUUCCUGGUGGGCCUCACUCGAGAGGAUGUUCGCCGCCUCUUCCCUUUCUUUGAGAAGAACGUCUACACAAUCCUGAAGGAAAGUGGUUACCUUCACAUUCAGGCCACUAAACCCGACACUGUUGGUUGUGGUGUGAAUGACUCUCCUGUUGGCUUGGCAGCCUACAUUCUGGAAAAGUUCUCCUCUUGGACUAAUAUGAAUAACAGAGAUCUGAUGGAUGGAGGGCUGGAGAGAAAAUUCAGCCUGGACGACCUGCUGACAAAUGUCAUGAUCUACUGGACCACAGGUUCCGUCGUCUCCUCCAUGCGCUUCUACAAAGAAAAUUUUAAAAGUGACCCCAAUGAAAGGAUUGACUCAAAGACUGGCAUAUUUGUUCCCACUGGAGUGGCCGCUUUCCCACAGGAGAUUAUGCAUUGCCCCCAAUCGUGGGCACAGGUUAGGUACAGAAACAUCUACUCCUAUACCUUCAUGCCUCGGGGGGGCCACUUCGCCGCCUUUGAAGAGCCACAGCUGCUGGCCGACGACAUUAUGCAGUUUGUUAAAAAAGUGGAGAAGCUCUAA